AUGGGACGGUUACAUUUGUUUUUAGUAUUCGUAGUUUUAUAUUUGAAAUCUGUGGAAAGUAGAGGUAUGGUUUGAUUUUGAUAUAAUUUUGGGGCCGAUUACACGAUGGCCGGCUGUCCCCAUCGGCGAAUAGUGAUUUUUAAGAUUUCUGAAAUUGGUUGUUGAUGAUAUAGUAUGACUGUAUUUUUGUCUAUGCAUGAUAUUUUCCAGACCCCAGAUAUUGUUACCAGUGUAUAUUUUAUGUUGAAUGGGCUACCCUUCUUAAGUAGAAAUUUUCCAUCUAUCUAUCUAUAACCAAGAUUAAAGUCAGUUUAGUAGCAGCGGCAACUGAUAUAUGACAUUGGCUGUGCCUAAGUUGCCUUUUCUGAGUUGUGCCUAAGUUGCCUUCUGAGUUUUGUGUUUUGAAGAAUUCUCUUUAUAACAUGAAAAACAGUUCUUAAAGUUUUGACAAAAUGUUCUCAAUCGCGACGAGGGCUACCUUUGGCAAAUAUCUGGGUCGCCAGAUGACUGAAAAUUUGGUCGCAAUAGGCGACCCUGUUAAUUCAACCCCUGGGUUUAAACUUUGAGUUGAUUUUCCCUUAUUUCUUCAGAUGGUGGUUGGUCGUCUUGGUCGGGAUGGAGUGGCUGUGCGUCAGGGCAAUGUGCUGGAGAUCAGAAGAUCAGAACUAGGACGUGCACUAACCCAAAACCUGAUGCCAAUGGAGCAUAUUGUCCUGGACCUAAUGCCGAGCGUGCUGACUGCCCAGGUAAACAUUCAUUCCUACCCAGCUCACAUUCAUUUAUCUCGAAUCAUUAAAUAAAAUAUGUCCCUUUCUAGUACUUCUUCUCGUCUUUUCCAUUCACUCUCUAUCUUCCAAUCUAUCUACUAGUUAGUUGAUAUUUGUAACUUUGUUUCCUGUCUUGUGGUGAACACCUUGCAUGGGACAUAGUCUCGUUUGUGUUUUGCCACUUUGGCACCUUUUAGUCCAAUGUAAUUGUUUACGUGAGUUGAGUAAAAUACUGUCUAUUCAUUUAUGUGCCAAAUUAAAGCUGUUAAAAAAAUUGAAGUGAUAAUGCUGAGUGUUAGUUGUACUAUCAAAGUUUCUGUGAUCACAGUAGGAAUUUUGCAUGGGUAAACUUUAACUUUUGAAGGAUUUGUAAGAAAUGUUUGAGGGAACUGACUCGGUAUUUAACAUUGAAUCACUUCCCUCAAACAUUUCUUACAAAAUCUUCAAAACUUGGAAUUGACCUAUGCAAAAUACCUACUGUGAUCACAGAAACUUUGAAAGUGUAAAUCAGCCUUAAUGCUGGGUGUUAGUUACAGUCCAAAAGUCGGGAUUAAGCCAGGGUCAAACGAGCGCGAGAGUGGCACACGACGUUGGUUAAUAUAUUCUCUUUGUUUUUUAGUGAGCGGUGGUUGGUCAGAAUGGGGUCAAUGGUCUAUCUGUGAGAGCAUCUGUGGUGGAUCUGUGGUGAACAGAACAAGAAGAUGUGAAAACCCUGCUCCGAAAGCUGGUGGGUCUCGUUGUCAAGGCAACUCUGUGGAAACCAAGCUAGAAUGUGCUUGGCCUUGUGAAAGUAAGUGUAUGGUAUGGUAUGGUAUGGUAUGGUAUGGUAUGGUAUGGUAUGGUAUGGUAUGAUAUGAUAUGAUAUGAUAUGGUAUGGUAUGGUAUGGUAUGGUAUGGUAUGGUAUGGUAUAUGGUAUGGUGUGGUAUGGUGUGGUAUGGUAUGGUAUGGUAUGGUAUGGUAUGGUAUGGUAUGUAAUAUAUGAACAACGAGAGCGAGUGUUUCACCGGGAUAUCCAAACACGAGAACUCAAUGUAUGAAAUCGAGACGUAACAGAAUGUUUUCGUUUGCUGAUUUGAAUUGAAUUCUUAACCAAGCAUAACGUAAUUAGGAAUUAUAUUCAAGUAAUUUUGCAUGCGUAAUUAAGAUAUUUGAUGAAAACACUAGUGACUUUCAUCAAGUAUCCAAAUGGCAUCUUGUGGUCAAAUAGGUGAUUAUCAUUGGCUGAAUUGCUCAUGAAUUAUUAAUGAAUUUGAGAAUGUAUGGUAUGGUAUGGUAUAGUAUGGUAUAAGUUGGUGUAGAACACUAAUAUAUAGUAUGGUAAUGCAUGUAUGGUAUGGAAUGGUACAUCACAGCAUGGUAUUUAUUUUUACCAUCACUAAACACCCACAUCUCAUUAUUUUCAGCUGGCCCACAAGAUGGAGGAUGGGGACCAUGGUCACACUGGUCACACUGUCCCAAACCUUGCGGUCUCUCCCCCGGGGUCGUGAUAACCAGAACAAGGCGAUGUAAUUCCCCACCUCCCCAGAAUGGCGGGAAAGCAUGUAAUGGAAACGCUACUGAAGAAGUCUUGAGUUGUUUUGAACCGUGUCCAGGUACAUGUAUGCUAGAUUGGUUUUCUCUUUUACCUCUUGUACCUGAUUAAAUGUUCCCUCAGUCGCAUGUGAGAGGAGCGAUACUAAAUCUGUCCCAAGUAUGGUAGAUUUUUUGCCGAGCAUAAUUAAUCCGAGUUGGGAUUAUGUAGUGUUAGUGUACUGUAAUUCUAAACUUAAAGUUGAUGAGAGUUGAAAAGCGAGAGUUUUCAUGACAAUUUUCUCAACUCUCAUGCCUCGGUCAAAUGAGAGUAAAUUGAUGAGAGUUGAGAAGCGAGAGUUUGCAUGGAAGUUUUCUCAACUCUCAUGCCCCGGUCAAACGAGAAUAAGAGUUGCAUGAGAUUUGAUGAGAGUUGAGAAGUGAGAGUUUGCAUGAGAGUUUUCUCAACUCUCAUGCCCCGGUCAAACGAGAACAAGGGUUGCAUGAGAGUUGGUUAUUACUGGACCAGUUCAAACUUGAUGAGAGUCGAUGAGAGUUGCCGGUCAAACACGAGCGAGAGUUGCAACUCUCAUCAACUCAUCUUCGUUUGACCAAGGGUUCACUCUGGAAUACCACAAUACCAACGAGAUAGUCAUACCAACUACCACAUAGUAUAUUUAGCAACGUCUUUUGUUGUCAUAUAGUUGACGGUGGGCUCAGUGCCUGGACAAAAUGGUCUCCUUGUUCGAAGACAUGUAAUCGUGGUAUACAAGACCGAAGUCGACAAUGUAAUUCACCUUUCCCAAAUCAUGGUGGUCGCAACUGUGAUGGUGAUGUAUAUCAGAUACAAGCAUGUAAAGACAGAGACUGUCCAGGUAUGUAUAUUGAGUUCAGUUUUUUAUAGCUGCGUUCCACGAUAGCUUUUAAACAUCUAACUAGUUCAAACUGCCUCCUGUAGUUAGACAUUGGUCAAAUAGCAUCAUUAAGGGAUAACUCUUUUUGAACUUCUAAGGAAAACAGUUUACAAUGGAACUGAUAGAGCAGGUUUCCUCCUGAAGUUACAUUGUAGUAACACUGUAGUAACGAUAAGAGAUGCUACUAACCUGUAGUAACGAUAAGAGAUGUCCCUUACUACAGGAUCGGACACUGGAUCAAUAAGAGAUGACCCUUACUGGAUCUCUAGGAAGAACAGUUUAGAACUGAUAGAGCUAUCCAGUACAAAUAAAGUUAGUUUAGUUUAGGUUACCUCCUGUAGUAAUACUGGAUCAAUAAGAGAUGAUCCUUACUGGACCUCUAGGGAGAACAGUUUAGAACUGAUAGAGCUAUCCAGUAUAAACAAAGUUAGUUUAGUUUAGGUUUCCUCCUGUAGUAACACAGGAUCAAUAAGAGAUGUCCCUUACUACAGUGUAGACCUCUAGGAAAAACAGUUUAGAACUGAUAGAUCUAUGCAGUAUAAAUAAAGUUAGUUCAGUUUAGGUUUCCUCCUGUAGUAACAACACUGGAUCAAUAAGAGAUGAUCCUUACUGGACCUCUAGGAAGAACAGUUUAGAACUGAUAGAGCUAUCCAGUAUAAACAAUUUUAAUAUAAUAGAUGUAUUUCUCUCCCUUAGGUGACCGUGCUGGUGGAUGGGGACCGUGGAGUUCAUUGACACCGUGUACCGAGCCUCGCUAUUGUUAUAAAGGUCUCCAGAAUCGAACAAGACAAUGUAACAAUCCACCUCCUUUGGGUAAUGGUGACGAUUGCCUGGGGCUUGCUGUGGAGACCCAACAGUGUCCGUCGCCUGCUGAUAACUGUGCUGGUAAGGUUUGUGCCUAGGAUUGUUGGUGUCACCAUGGAUAAUAAAAUUCAUGGACAGGAAACUAGCUGACGUAACCAGUCACCUCUGUAACCAGUGUUUGAUUCUUGUUUGGUUUCCUCCUGUAGUAACACUGGAUCAAUAAGAGAUGAUCCUUACUGGACCUCUAUGGAGAACAAUUUAGAACUGAUAGAGAUAUCCAGUAUAAAUAAAGUUAGUGUUUAGUUUAGGUUUCCUCCUGUGGUAACACUGGAUCAAUAAGAGAUGAUCCUUACUGGACCUCUAGGAAAAACAGUUUAGAACUGAUAGAACUAUCCAGUAUGAAUAAAGUUAGUUUAGUUUAGGUUUCCUCCUGUAGUAACACUCGAUCAAUAAGAGAUGAUCCUUACUGGACCUACUUAUGCUGGAUAGAGCUAUCCAGUAUAAAUAAAGUUUACCAAACAACACAGGUUUUUCUAGAUACUCUGGUUUCCUCCUGUGUAACACUGGAUCAAUAAAAGCUGACUCUUACUGAUUGUCUGUGCAGAAACGUUUCAACAGAACUGACACGGCUAACCAGUGUAAAUAAAGUUUAUUUAAUUCAGAACCUUCUUUUAAACAUAAUGUUUCUUGUUAGACCCAAGUAAAGUGCUACCGGACGAAGCUGAUACUGACCGCUAUGAAUCUUAUAUCGGACUGGAAUGCGAAACAACGAAGAAGUAUGCAGUAUUGGGAUCAUUUGGUCAUUUACUACCAGCUAAGAUCUUGAAUGAUGACUUUAAGGACUUUGCUAACAUUUUGAGAAGUGGAUAUUUUGCUAAGAAAGUCGAUGGUGACGAUACCAAGGUUUGUUAUGACAGUGCUGUCUGUUCAAAUAGACCAUUACUCACCACCAUCGUCACCUACAUCGCCACCAUCAUCAAUACCACCAUUCCAUUAUCGCCAUCAUUAUCAUCAUCACCACCAUUAACACUACCAACACUGUCAUUAUCAGUAACACCAUCAUCUCCAUAAUUAUCACCUCCAUCAAUCAACAUCACCAUCAUUACUAGCCCAUCAUUAAUUCCACCAUCAACAUCACCACCACCAUCAUCAUAACUAUUAUCACCACCAUCAACAUUAUCACCAUCAUCACCACCAUCAUCACCACCAUCAUCACCACCAUCAUCACCAUCAUCACCACCACCAUCAUCACCAUCAUCAUCACCAUCAUCACCAUCAUCACCACCAUCAUCACCACCAUCAUCACCAUCAUCACCACCAUCAUCACCACCAUCAUCACCACCAUCAUCACCAUAAUCACCACCAUCAUCAUCAACAUUACCACCAUAAUUAUUACCCCAUCGUUAAUUCCACCAUUAACACCAUCGUCAUCUUCACCACCAUCAAAAUCACCAUCAUCAUCCCAACCGCCACCACCAUCACCAUCUCUUUCAUUUCUCUCCUAGUAUUGUUUUGAACCUCAAGACACUCUGCUCAUCAGCCAAGUGGUGGUCAAAGUGAAACUAUACAAAGUAGCGCCACUUCUACCAUCCUUCGACCGCCCGGCAGAAACAGAGAAUGUCCCUGGAAUCUCAAUCACAGUGGACAAAAAUAUUGCUGCAAAGAACAUCGAGUUUGUCUGCCACAUUGCUAAAGAAUAUACUCCAGUCACUGGCUUCACCUUGGUUAAUGUUUUGUAAGUAGGAAACCUCCUUUAGUCACAUGCCGGAAUAUUAGCAGAACAUUUCUGUUUUGUCACAAUGGUCAAAGAAAUGUGUUUUUUUUCAUGCCUGUUAUAGUUAAGCCCUGGGCAAACUAGGAAAUAUUGUUGCGGAAACAUUGUUUCCUACCAAUGUUUCGCCAUGUUUCCCAGAGUGGGCAAACACUAGGAAACAUUAUGAUGCUUGUGAUGUUACUCUGAGUAUAUAUCCACACCGGGCAAGCUUGAAAAAUAUGCCAGAGCAUUGGGCUGGUAGUCCAAAGGUCGUAGGUUCGUUUUCCACCGUGGCCAGGCAUAUUUUUCAAGUUUGCCCGGUGUGGAUAUACACUCAGAGUAACAUCACAGGCAUAAUAAGUACAUUACACCAACACAGAAAAAAAUAACUAGGAAACAUUAGUGAGAAACAUAGGGAAACAUCAAAUGUUUCUGAACUUCCUAGGAAACAUUUUUGCUUCUCGGGAAGCAAAUUUUGUUUCCGCAACAAUGUUUCCACGGGUGAGUAAACAGGAAAAACAUUCGAGGAAACAUCGAGAAUCCAGGGCAUUUUUUAACUAUAUAACUGGGGGGGCCAAAGCCCCCCCAGCCCCCAUGGUGGCACCCCCACUCAACCAUUUUGGCCCCCCCAGUCAAAGUCCCUUUUCUCUAAAAUAUAAGCAAAACAUGGAAUUUAGAAGGGAGGUUUGAUAUUCUAGUAACUGAAAUUUGCUUUGUGAAUCUUAUGUCCUGUCUUUUAUGUUUAAUAAAUACCUUAUUAGAUUUUAAACAUUUCCCAGGCAGUGGAUUGCAUUUCCCAGACCCUAUAGAUUUGAGUUGUUGGACAAGUUAGUGACCGCAGGGGGCAACAGGCCCUCAACCAAGUGUUUUAUAAGGGGGGGGGAUAAUUUUGGCCCCCCCCACCAAAAAAAACCAAUUUGAUUUCGAAACUAGAAGUAUUUGAAAUCAUAUAUACAUAUAAUCAAAUAUCUGUAAUCGAUAUUUUGAUAACAUUUCUCGUAAUAAUCCAUCCUGACUCGCGGAUAUCAUAGACUCACAAAUCAUAAUGAACGAAUUAAUGAAAGGGCCAAACAAAAGACGUAUAGAAAACUUUGAAAAUGCCAUUUCCGAUGCUUUAGAGACGCAAAAUGUUCAAAAUUUUUCCGCUCUGUGCCAACCAUGGUGGCGCUUCGUGGGAGUCGGGAACUCUAAGUUUAUCAAGCUGGCUCCCUAAGUGACGGCCAAGUUGUGGUAUCUACAUAAACAUACUAUGCAAAGUACUUAACUGAAGGUCAGUCUAUCUACAGCAUAAUGUAAUGCUGUAUAUCCAAAAAUCUGUUUCAGAAAAUGCAGGGAAUUGCAGUGAUAGGGGUAGAAAAAUACAAAAAUUUUCUGGGGAGAAAACCCCAGACCCUCUCCAGGGUCGUAGGGUCAUCCAUUUUUCAAAAUCAUGCAGACCUUUAUUAUUUAAUCCAUGACAAACUGCAAAGAAUGAAGAUAUUACCCAUACUUUCUUGCAACUUAUCCAAUAUAUCGUUAAUUAAAUACACCUUCGUCCAUUUAGUACUACUGAAUUCUAAAUUUCCACAUACUAAAAACGCUGUUUUCUGACAACCAGAAAUCUGUCAAAUCUUCCCCAAAGUCCAGGAAAUGGCAUUUCAGAGACUCUAAAUUUAAAAAUUUCCUCGGGCCUUCGGCCCUCGCUUUCAGCCCCCCCCCCCCAAACGAAAAGAGCUUCCUACGGCCCUGCUCUUCCCCCCUACUAUUAAAUGCGAUACCACACCAAACUUUUUGUUACCAACAAACCAUCUAUGAUUGCUCCACACUCGGUAUAGUAUGGUCCCUUUUUGUAGAUGGCCCCCCCACUGACGAAUUCUUAAAAAAUGCCCUGCGAGAAUCACAAAUGUUUCCACAACAAUGUUUCCUGGUUUGCCCAGGGCUUUAAUGUUUGUGAUCACAGUAGAAAUUUUGCAUGAGUAAAUUCCAAGUUUUGAAGAAUCUGUAAGAAAUGUUUGAAGGAACUGACUUCGUGUUAAACACUAAGUCAGUUUCCCUCAAACAUUUUUUGAAAACCUUUCCAAUCAUUACGAAUUUCACAGAAACUUUGAUAAUGUAAACUGACCUUCACAUACUGUACAUCUGAACUGGAAUGCCAAUUUAAUUUCUCACUUAAAUUUUAAUUGUUUUCUAAGGUUUUCGUUUUACACCGAGGGUAUACGCUAUUCAUUCCAAGCCAAAGGUAUCCUGACACGUAUUGAAAAUACACCAUUCUACAGUAAAGUCACCCAGAUAACUGGCCAGCUCGAGGCCACAGGACAUGGUGCAACUCUUGCAAUUAAUGAACUUUCUGACCUCGCUGGAUUCCCAGUCUACCAAUAUCCCCAAUCAAUUCAGGGAGCGUUGAAGUAAGUUGAAAGAACGGUGUGGUUCUGUCCCUUAUUAUUUUGAGUUUAAUAGACCUUUCCCCUUUUGAGUGAAAUUUUGAUCUAGACAAGCCUGGACAACAAUUUCAUCACAGCUUGAAAGAGCAUCACAAAAUUAGUAAUAUUCCGAAGUUUCGUUGCGAAAUGUUGUAAGAUGCGGAUAAUAUAGCCUUGCGAAGUUUGCCGUUUUUCAGUCAUUUUAGAUUACAAAUGGGAAAUUGGUAAUCAGUUUGAUCAUCUGAUUAUCAAUUUCCCGCGCGUAAUGCAAAAUGACUGAAAAACGGCAAACUUCGCAAGGGUAUAUAACAUUUCGCAACGAAACUUCGGAAUAUUACUAAUUUUGUGAUGCUCUUUCAAGCUGUGAUGAAAUUUUUGUCCAGACUUGUCUAGAUCAAAAUUUCACUCAAAAGGGGAAAGGUGUAUUGAGUUUAAUGAGUUUCUCACUCAUUGGUGAGCAGAUUUUCCAACAGGCUAUUGCCCAAUUGAUAUGGGAUCCGAGGUACCUACGUCCUUAUCCGAGACGACGCGAAAGUCUAACCAUUUAUUUACUGAUGUCAGUGUAAAGGUCUCACUUUCCUCUCAAUUCUGUUACGACCUUGAGUAGAGGUCUGACCAAGGGUGGGUAGUAGCGAAGUAGUUGUAGUUCGCUACUGUAGCGAACUACAAUUUUCAAGUAGCCAGUAGUUUUUGACUACUUUUUUAAAACAGUAGUUGUAGUUAUAGGGCCUUAUAGCGAACUACAUGUUGCCAAAAAGUAGCCAAGUAGUUGACUAUUUUUCAAACAGCGAAUCGCUAUUCGCUACUUUUUAAAAUUGUUAGCAACUUGAUGGAAUAGCAUGAUAUUGAGACACGGUUUGCUUAAAAUCGAUACUCAAUAGUCAAUUUGCACUCCUGAACACUGUAGUGCUUACAAAAAUGUUGCUUUGUGUUUACUGUUGCUACUCGUAAGUCGAUUUGUUAUAGAUGGCCAUAGAUUACAUUACAGCCUGAGUUAGUAGAUGCUCCAAAUAUAGUAAAACUAAAAAAUAUAGUGUAGCGAAAUAGUUCGCUACAUUUUUUAAGCAGUAGCUGUAGUCAGUAGCGAACUACCUUUGUUCAAAAGUAGCAGUAGUUGUAGCUGACUACAUAUUUUUGAAGUAGCUGUGCUGUACUGCUGUAGUUAUAUAGCUAGCGAACUACAAAAAUGUUGUAGUCAACCCACCCUUGGGAUUGAACCCUGAUCUCCCAGCUUCAAAGACAAGCGUGGUGACCACAACACUACGAGUGCCGGUCAAUUUUUCACUGUAUAUAUUUUACUUGGUGUGUCUAUCCCUGGUGUGUCUAUCGUUAAUGUCAGCAUCGUUUGUACUGUUAUGUAUGACCGAUAUAGACCGCCGUACGGACUGGAAAGUCAGAAAGUCUCAGAAAGGAUCAAUAUGACUAUAUGGGGGCUAGAGUCGCGCAGUCAUUAGAGCAAGCGCCUUUCACGUCUGAGGUCGUGGGUUCGAUUCUCGCUGGGGACUCGUGUGAAAAGAGUCAGUCAACGCUCCACCGAAUGUUGUAGGUUGACUGGGUUAACCCUUCCACCGUAUCUGUGCUCCAUGAUCAGUCACGAAUCAUAGAGUGGCUGCCAGAGGCACCCUCUCCAGGUGAUCUUGAUACGCGGAAAAGUACUGGCACUAGUUGUCAAAUAGAAAUCCAUCUUAUGAUUAAAACAACUGAAUAUCUCCUGUAAUAUACUUCAUUUCGAUUCCAUAUUUUUGUCAGAGCUAUAGUUCUCAUAACCAAACAUAAUUGCAAAAUUUCAACUAGUUUCAUAAACAAUAAUGAAAGAUAUAAUUGACUGAAUACAUCAAAAUGGAUUUCUAUUCGGACAACCCUUUCUGAGCGCUGAUUGGCUAAAAUACGAACACGAGAUCACCUGGCUGUAUGAGUUAUAAAUUUAUUUUCAUGUUUAUUGAUGGUCUUUGGAGGUGAAUCGAUUCCCCUCUUGGGGUUAGCAGUGUUUACGUAAAUGUGAAUUUUUGUUGUAUCUAAAUUUUAUGCUCAAGGAGACAUCCCUUUACAAGCCUUAUGGUUUCUGGAUGCCUUCUUGUCAUUAUCACCUGACUUAUCUAUUUAUAAUCAUUCUUUUAUUUAUUUUUUCCGUUUAAUCUAUCUCUUGUAAAUGGAAUAGUGGUAAUAGUGACAAAUAUAUUGAUUGAUUGAUUGAUUGAUUGAUUGAAAGUGAUUGAUCCUUAAGCCUGGUUUCCAUAUGGUCGUAAUGGUCAUAAAAAUAGAGUCACGAUCUUUCUCAACAGCCAGUUUAUAAUAGUUUAGACCUGCAAACCACAUAUAAAUCAUAAGUAUUCUCUAGUUCUAAUCACUACGCGUAUUUAGAGAGGAAGGAAGAUAUGAAGGUAUGUGGGUGGGGUAAGUGGGUGGGUAGAUAGGUGAGUAGGUAGGGUUGGUGGGUAGGUAGGUGGGAAGAUGAGAAGAACAAAGGAAGGAAAAUAGAGAUCAAAGGAUAAACUAGGAAACACUAAAAUGAGUAAGAAAAGAAUGAAAAAGGUAGAACAGAAUAAGAAAGGAAUAUUCUAAAGUGUUUAUUUCGACUGAUGAGAAAGAUCGUGACUCAAUCUUUACGACCAUAUGGAAACCAGGCCUUAGCAACCACUAUCUUUACCUAAAACGUGUUUUCUUAUAUUUCAGAGCUGCAGGCCUUUUGAACAUCAAGCUAUCACCAGCUUCAUUUGCGUACAGCAUGAAAACAUUAAGUACAUUCCGUGUUACCGGCUCGCUCAAUAUUUUCGGAGUCCCAGUUCAUGUUGAAAUCUUGACUAACCCCAACAAAGGAGUCCGAAUAUUUGCCAUUGGUUUCUCAUUUGACGGGGAAUCGUUUGGUGCGCUGUCGAAGCGUUUGUCUGGAUAUGGAAUAUCAUUCUUGGAUGUCUUGGGCAUUGAUCUACAAGUGAGUUUUGAUACUUUUCCCAAUAUAUUUUAUUUUGCAGUUUUCCUGUUUUUACUAUUUCAUUCGUUCUUUGAUUUAUAGAUUAGUUUCUUUCUUGCAUUCCUUAUUUUCGUCUUUGCUUCUUUCUUAGCUUCAUCGAAACAUUUUGUGUGUAGUGUUUCGUUAUUGAUGUCCAGUUGUUUUGUUUCAACUUUGAAAAAAUUUUAUCCUAUUCCUUUCUUAUUCUGUUCCACCUUUCUCAUUCUUUUCUCACUCAUUUUAGUGUUUCCUAGUUUAUCCUUUGAUCUCCAUUUUCCUUCCUUUGUUCUUCUCAUCUUCCCACCUGUCUACCCACCUACCUGACCCAACCACCUACCCUACCUACUCACCUAUUUACCUAUUUACCUACCCGCUUACCCCACCCACAUACCUUCAUAUCUUCCUUUCUCCCUUUCUUUCCCUCUCUCUCCUUCCCCCUCUCUCAUCUCCCCUCUCUCUUCUCCCCUCUCUCUUCUCCCCUCUCUUCUCCCCUCCCUCUUCUCCCCUCUCUCUUCUCCCCUCUCUUUUCUUCCCUCUCUCUUCUCCCCUCUCUCUUCUCCCCUCUCACCCCUACCUCCACCUAACUAACCUCCCCCUCAUUCUAGAUUGGUGUCAGCUAUGCUCCGGCCGCACAAGGUGUGAUCAAAGUCACCCCAGAGGUGAACUACGCCAAGCAACCUUUACACAGCCUGAUUGCAAACGCCAUCCCACAGGACCUCUUCAUUGCCGCUCGCGUCUCACUUCCCAAGGAUUGCAAAGGCAAUGGCUUCUGCACCGGAUGCAAGGAUCUCCUAGGGCCUGAUAUCGCGUUCAUACUCACGGGACAUAUUCAGAAGGAGAGUAUUAAAGUUACGGCUGGCUUCAGAGAUAUCAAGCUGACUGAUGAUAUAAGCUUCUCAAAAGUACAGCUCUUUGUUGAGGUAGGUGACCAUCUUAGCCAUGAUUAACUCAGCAAUGAGUUCUGUACAACAUCAGAUCACUUUAAGGUAGCCCACAUUCAAGAACAUGUACUACCUCUGUAUGAUCAGCCAUGCUUAAUUCAGCAACGCGUUUUGUAAAACAUCACAUCACGUUAAGGUAGCCCACAUUUAAGAAUAUGUACUACCUCUGUAUAAUCUAACCAUGCUUAACUCAGCAGUGAGUUCUGUACAACAUCACAUCACUUUACGCUAGCCCACAUUUAAGAAUAUGUACUACCUCUGUAUGAUCUAGCCAUGCUUAUGUACAACAUCAGGUCGCUUUAAUAAGGCAGCUCACAUUCAAGAACAUGUACUACCUCUGUAUGAUCUAACCAUGCUUAACUCAGCAGUGAGUUUUGUCACUGUGCAAUAUCAGAAUAUUUCAUGCAAGUCCCACAAUUAAAAGCAUGCAUCACAUGAUCUAUUCCUAUUGAAAUACGGGGAGUGAAAUAUUUCCAUAUAUAUCUAAUUUUCUAUUUCCAGGCAAAGAAAAACGGCUCGACAAAUCUUUUCAAGCUUGGUUUUCAGGUUGAGGUGAAAAUUGCAGUCAACAAAGGGAUCGUGGUUGAUCGUGAUGGAAUCAAGAGCCCAGCGCCAGCAAUACAUGUAGGAGGGAUUAUAGAGUGGGAAAUAACGAAGAACACUAUUGGCGGUGCACUGUAUAUGUCUGGACUGUGGAGACAGGCAUUUGGUAUCAAGUGGUUGGCAAUUGGCGAGAUUGUGCUUGGGUAAGUAUAUCUCAAAUGUGGUGGUCCAGUGUAGGUAGUAUUCUACAAUAAGCUGCCGUGGUUUGUGUUUGAACUACCUGAAAAAGAUAUCUCAAACGUGAUGGUCCAGUGUAGGUAGUAUUCUACAAUAAGCAGUCGUGGUUUGUAUCUGAACUACUUGAAAAAGAUAUCUCAAACGUGGUGGUCCAGUGUAGGUAGUACAAUAGAAAGUUCUUUGCCGAAAAGCUGAUAUCAUUAACGUUCAAAUUUUCUUGUAGAAUAAAAUGGGUGAUUGGUGCACCGUAUCCGACUGGAGGUUAUUUUGGAGGAAAAGUUCAGCUUGGAGUAGAUUGCUGGACAGCUGCAGACUUCUCAAAUGAUGUAAGUAUGUAGCUAAAUAAAUUGAAACAUCAGUUAGAGUUGCUCAUCAAUUGGCAGGUUCUAGUAAUUUGAUACAGAUACGCAGUACAGAUACCUUUCCAAUACGGACACUUCUCUAAUACGGAAACGUUUUAUAAUACAGGUACCUCUAUAGGAAAGGGCACCUUUCUAAUACAGAUAUCUUUCUAAUAUGAAUACAUCUCUAAUAUGAAUGCAUCUCUAAUACGGAUACUUCUGUUAUUCAAGCCGCUCUGUAAUAUGCUAGCGUCUCUUAUAUCAAAAACCACUCCCAUUCAGAUUCUUUUCUAAUACGGAUAGUGUUCCUGUGUUAGUUUUCAUAUAUUCUCUUUUCAAAAGAACUCCAUAAGACGGCCAUCUAUCUAAUAUUAUAGAGGUUGGAAUCUCUGACUCUGAGAACUGCCAGUCGACCCCAUCUGCUGCACGACAUUGAAAGCCGCCAACAAUUUAAUAUUUUGCUAAUUCUUUCUACAGGGUCAUUGCUUUUAUGCGCAGGCGUACUUUGGCAUAGGAGAUCCUAGUUUCGUCUAUUUCAAAAUCGCAGCCAUCACCAUUGGGAAGAUCUUCCGUCUGGUUUCACCAAACCUUAAACUGCCACCUCCCAUUGAAGACACUGGCUUCCCACGUGGUGUUACGGUAAGUGUUAAACAUGAUAUCCAGUCGAAUCUGCGCAUGCCCGAGAAACAUUGUUUGUGGGGUGCACAAACAAACCACAUUAAUGUAAAUUACAUGAAGUAUCUAAGUCAUUAAAGAAUUUAAAUAUUUAUUGAGUGAUCAAUUGUUGAUUAUCUAAUUGACUGAUUGAUUGAUUAUCUGAUUUAUUGGUUGAUUAAUUGAUUGAUUAAUUAAUUAAUUAGGGGAUUGAUUGGUUAGCUAAUUCAGUGAUUGAUUAAUUGACUGAUUGAUUAAUUAAUUAGUGGGCUGAUCGGUUAGUUAAUUAAGUGAUUGAUUAAUUGACUGAUUAAUUAAUUAGUGGAUUGAUUGAUUAGUUAAUUAAAUGAUUGAUUAAUUGACUGAUUAAUUAAUUAGGGGAUUGAUUGGUUAGCUAAUUAAGUGAUUGAUUAAUUGACUGAUUGAUUAAUUAAUUAGUGGACUGAUCGGUUAGCUAAUUAAAUUAUUGAUUAAUUGACUGACUAAUUAAUUGGUGGAUUGAUUGAUUAAUUAAUUAAAUGAUUGAUUUAUUGACUGACUAAUUAAUUAGUGGAUUAAUUUGAAAAUAAAUUUGAAAACAAAUUUCAAUUUGAAAAUAAAUUUCAUUUAAUUUGAGAAUAGACUUUUAAAAAUUUUGAAAAUAAAUUUCAAUUCGAGUAUGUAUUGCAAUAUAAAUUUCAAAUUAAAAUUUCAAAUUGAAAUUUGAAAAUGGUAUUCAAUUUAAGAAUAUAUUUCACCUGAAAAUAGAUUUCAAUUUCGAAAUUUCAAAUUCAAAAUAUUUAAUUGAUUGAUAAUUAAUUGAUCAAUGCUGGUUGUACGAAUUAGACAAAUACCCAUGCUUGGUUUCUAUAUCAAUUAAAAUUUAAUUAAUUAAAUAAUCAUUUGAUUAAUUACUUGAUAAUAUUUUCUUUCUACAGUUCUCGUAUGCCAGUGAGGCAGUAGACUUGAGAUUCUUCAAAGGUCCUAAUAUUAUUAAAGGAAUCACGUUUGAUGGUGCUGUCCAAAUUCUGGGUUAUACCAUUGAUGCCAAGAUCAUAGUCAGUGAGGAUGUAAGUAAACAUUCAUCUUAUUGCUGAUGUAUGUUGAUUCUGUAGUUGUACUAGACCGGUAGGAGAUGACAAUUGCUGCCUUUUUCUGGAGAACAAUUUAGAGCUAUCCAGUACAAGUGUACAAGUGUAUGGUUUCCUCCUGUAGUAACACUGGAUCAAUAAGAGAUGGUUCUUACUGGACCUCUAGGAAAAACAGUUCAGAACUGAUAGAGCUAUCCAGUAUAAAUAAAAUUAGUUUAGUUUAGGUUUCCUCCUGUAGUAACACUGGAUUAAUAAGAGAUGAUCCUUACUGAACCUCUAGGAAGAACAGUUCAGAACUGAUAGAGCUAUCCAGUAUAAAUAAAAUUAGUUUAGUUUAGGUUUCCUCCUGUAGUAACACUGGAUCAAUAAGAGAUGAUCCUUACUGAACCUCUAGGAAGAACAGUUUAGAACUGACAGAGCUAGUAUAAAUAAAGUUAGUUUAGUUUAGGUUUCCUAGAAGCAAUAACACUGAAUCAAUAAGAGGAACACUGUAGAACUGAUAGCAGUUAGUUUAGGAUAUUUUAACGACCCAACAAUCGUCUUUGUUGCAGUACAUUUUGGCUGAUCUCAAAUUUGAUCCAAUCGACUGGCAAGGUAUACUGACAUUAUCACGAAGUCCUACCAAGAAAGACCUGGGGCCCCUCUUCUUUUUGGAAUACAGAAAAAAACCAUUCUAUGUCAAUGUAAGUUUAUUGUUUUAUUGACAGUAUUGACACUCCCCUGAAGGGACUUUUCAGUGACAAAAAUUACUACAUUCGUCCUAAUUAAUCUUAUUGAAACACAUUACUAGCAAACAAGGACAAUUUCACAAAAACUGCGACAGGAACAUCAACAACAACACAUCAUCAUCAACAACAACAACAACAACAACAACAACAACAACAACAACAACAACAACAACAACAACAACAACAGCAACAACAACAACAACAGCGAUGAUGAUAACACACCAACAGUAACAUCGAAAGUUGAUUGAUGAACGGUGUUGUGAAAGCCUAUAGCCAUAAUAACGAGCUUUUAAGCAAGCAAAUUUGAUAUAAUAGUGCUCGUGUAAGAAAGCAAAAAGUCUUGUGUUUUGUCAUAUGUGUUGAAGAUACCAAAAACUAACAUAAACACAGUUUUUUGUUUCCUGAAGGCCGAGACAAAUCGGACGCGAUUUGACAACGCGCGAUUUUUCAGUUUUUGAAAGUUAAUAAAACAGCCAAUGAAAGGAAAUUUUAGAAGAUAUGUAGACCAAAUAACUUAAAAUGUUAUAGCGCUUCUACAUAUUUGAAAAACUUUAACCAGGAUCAAAGUUAUCGGUCAGUGAAAAUGGAAAAAUGGCGCCGCGUUAAUGAAACGCGUCCGGUGUGUCUGGGCCUUAAGAGUGACAAGAGAAAAUGUCUAAAUUUUCAAAAUUGUGUUAAUUUGUCAAAAGCUCUAGAAUGUGCCAUCUCUAAACAUCCAUUUGAACUAAGUGAGGACUUUAUCUUUAUUUUCUACCAGUGUCGUUUUGAAGGCUUCGUCAGCGUCCUUGGUAUUUCAGCCUACGCCAAUAUGAAUCUCACAAUGACCGAAUUCCAGCUUCUUGUCCAAGGAAACUUCCUGAAUCUCAUUAAAGCUGAGGUUUACGUAGCUGCCAAUUAUGCUCCCGUGUUUUCACUUCUCAAGUUCUAUGCUAAAGUUACGGUGGACCUUUCUGGGUUAAAUAAAGUAAGCUUAUAUUUUUGUUAAGAUAAGUAAUCAGUUAAAAUAAUCAAUACAAUCAACAUAAAGUCGAUAAAUAAUCGAUGUGUCGUAUGUUGGUAAUCAAUACCAUGAUUAUGUAAUCUAUAAUAAUUACCAAUAUUAUCAACAUAUAUUUGAUAGACGACUAUUAGUAAUCAAUGCCAUGAUUGUGUAAUAUAUAAAUAAUCACCAAUAUAAUCAACAUAUACUCGAUGUUUAUUACAUUGUGUAUUGGUAAUCAAUACCAUGAUUAUGUAAUUUAUAAUAAUCACCAAUAUAAUCAACAUAUACUCAGUAGAUGAUCAUUACAUUGUGCAUUGGCAAUCAAUACUAUGAUUAUGUAGUCUAAUAAUCACCAAUAUAAUCAAUAUAUACUAGAUAGAUUAUCAUUACAUUGUGUAUUGGUAAUGAAUCCCAUGAUUAUGUAACCAAUAUAAUCAAUACAAUCAACAGGCCUUGGAUCAAGCAGCCUCGGCAGUGAAGGGGGCGUUCGACGAGGCGCAAAGAAAAUUGAGAGGUGCUCAGGAUCAUGUGAAACGGAAGAAAGAGGAAUGUAAGAGAAAGAUGUCGUUGAAAUGUGAUCGAUGUCGGGAUUUGAAAUGCAAGAAAGCUGAGAAUGACUGUAAAGGAUUUUUGGACAAGGCCGGCAAGUGGAUUGGAGGAGCUAUUAACGCCGUAGGUACGUAUAGUGCUUCGUGUGUCAGUUUGUUUGUUUGUUUGUUUGUUUGUUUGUUUGUUUGUUUGUUUGUUUGUUUGUUUGUUUGUUUGUUUGUUUGUUUGUUUGUUUGUUUGUUUGUUUGUUUGUUUGUUUGUUUGUUUGUUUGUUUGUUUGUUUGUUUGUCAGUGUUAGAUUGUAAGGAAUAUUGUGAAAAAUUUAGGUCGAAAAAAAUUCUGAAAAACUUAUUUUUAAACCCCUCUUAUCCAAAAAAAGGUUUGGAAAAUGUUAUUACAGCGUUGUUGUAACAAUAGAAUGGAAGAAGUUUAACAGAGUGGAUCGUGUCUUUGCUUCUUUCAGGAAACUGGGUGAAGAAUACAGCAAAAACAAUUGGGAAAGCUCUUGCUCCGGUAAAUAACAUAUCAUACGCGAGUUUAUAAAAAAUAGUAAUUUGCUAUUCCGUAUAUAUGCAUAUAGCUAUUUUAGUGUCAAGUAACAUGAUUAUUACCAUUAUAUAAACCAGGUAAACCAUUUCAAUAUUUCCAUUUUUUAGGUGGGACGUUUCUUCAAGAAGAUAUUCAGUGGCUGGAAGAGAAAACGUGAAAUUGAGAGAAUGAGAAACGAACUGUUUGAACAGCACAUCAGACGUCGUCGUUUUAUCAGUAAAAUCAUUUGUGAAGGCAUUGUUGGUGGAGGAUGCACAGGUAUAUUUAGGGAUUGUCGGGAGAGGAUGCACGGGUAUGUUUAGGGAUUGUCGGGGGAAGAUGCACGGGUAUAUGUUUAGGGAUUGUGGCAAUGAACAGUUGCCGUCUAUUCUAUUUUUAAGUAAUUGCGCUGACUGGAUAUCUGGUAAAGUCUCACAGCCGGAUUCGAUAUGAAAUCUCAUACGCAUAAAUCACUACUUAAAAUGAGGUGAAUUAAUUUUGAUCCACUCCAAGGACUGAAUUAAUUGUGAUCCAAGAUUGGAUCAACAUACUUCGCCAGGCAUCCAGUAUCCUGGUGUGAGCAAAAUAAACUAACAUGGUUGGCUAUUUUACUCAUGAAUGAUUAAUGAGUGUGCGAUAUUUUCUUCACAGCUGUUUCAGUACUGUGCGAAGGUUCGUGUCGUGCUGUGGAGUUCAUUGGUAAAGGUUUAUGUCAUAUUUUGGAUGUCGCUGUAAUAGCUUUGAAAGCUGUGGAAUUGGCAUGCGGCUGGAUCAGCGCUGCUAUUCAGUUUGUUCUUACGCAGCUGUUCAGAAUUCACAGGUAUGUAGUAUUGAUCAGAUGCACUCGCAGUGAGCUUGCCAGUUUCAACAAAUUAGUCAACAAGCUACACACAUAAAAAUCUCACAACUUGUCACAAAAUGUGUUCACAACAGGCUCUUACCAAGCUUGUCAACAAGUUGUAGCAAUGCUGUUAUUUCAUGAAGUCGCUACAAGGUUGUCAUUCACAACUUGUUGACGAAUUGUUGAAUUGCAGGACGACAACAAGUUGUUUGAACAUCUUGUAGCAAGUCUGCUGAGCUCAACAACCUUGUAGCAAAUUGUCAAAAAGCCGUUGACAACUUGUCAACAAGCUGGGAACAAGCAGUGCGAAUACAUCCUGUUGACAAGUUGUUGGAACAGCGUUGUCACAAGUCUGCUGCAGGUUUAUUACAAUUUGUGCGUUUUUACGUGUGUAACCAACAUGCCAGCAAGUCAACCAAGCAACUGUAUGAUAAUAUGCUUAAUCCUAGUCUUGGAAGUUCACAAAUAACAAUUUCUUUUUCUAGUAUCAAAUUUGAAUUCGGCAUUGAUAACACCGUGGGUGGACGAAUUACCUUCGCAGCUGCCGUGGACUUUACGAUAUUUGGCAAACGUCUUAAUCUUAAUGUCAACAUUAAUCUCCGAAACCCUUCAGCAGCCGUCAAGGAAACGUCGACUAAAGCCCUCGAUGACUACAAGGUUCUGUCAAUAUCUGAAUAUACCCAAACAGUCCGUGACUUAUUCAAUUGCGGAAUAUUAUUGCUGUAAGCUAACUUAUUAAACUGAUCUAUCUCUCUAGAAUAAAGCAAAUCCUAAGUCGAAGUCAUCUACAGAUGAAAAAGUUUACGAUGAUCCUAAUCCGUUCUCAGAUUUUGAACUAUCUGGUGAGUGUUGGUGAUGGUGAUGGUGGGAUGGUGAUGGUGGUGGUGGGAUGAUGGUCGUGGUGGGAUGGUGAUGAUGAUGGUGGUGGUGGUUGUGGUGAUGAUGGUUGUGAUAGUAAUGACAAUGUGAAGAUGGUGGUGAUGUUGAUCGUGAUGAUUAUGGUUAUGGUGAUGAUGGUGGUUGUGAUGAUGAUGCUGGUAUAGGUGGUGAUAGUGGUGGUGAUGAUGAUAAUAAUGGUGAUGAUGAUUGGUGUUGGUGAUGAUGGUGGUGAUAAUCUUAAUGAUGGUGAUGAUGAUGAUAAUGAUGAUGCUGGUAAUUAUCUUUCUUCAAACUGUAUAAAUCCAAACCUUUCCCACUCUAGAUCAAUUCAUGAUAGAGAACACUCAAUCAGGAACAGAAGAUGAGGCAAGAUCAGGAGCAUGUCUCUAUACACCGUCCAAGACCAAGGGGGCAGUACUGCGUCUGACUGCUUGUAAUGAAAAUGAUGAGAGACAGAUGUUCUCAUACAACCUGAAAGGAUUGCUAGUGGUGAGUGUCCGAGCUAGAUCUGUGCUCGUAUGUAUUGGGAAGUAUGAAGUUUUUAAUAAAUGUCACUAAAACCAUCAUAACGUUUUAAGAAAUGUUUGAGGAAACUGACGCGGUACUUAACAUUGGUUCACUUCCCUCAAACAUUUCUUAUAAAUCCUUAAUAGAAUUUACCUUUGCAAAAUUCCUACUGUGAUCACAGAAAGACCACUGGUCUUUGUCUUCGGUUUCCUCCAGUAAUAAUACUGGAACAAUAAGAGCUCAUCCGCACUAGACCUCUAUGGUGAACGGUUUAGAAUUAAUCUAGACUUAUUCAGUAUAAAAGAAGUCAGUUGAAUUUAAUUUUAUAUUCAGUCAGAUUUGAUUCAACUUUUAUUGAUGUUGCUUUUAUCUUCAGAGUGCUCAUUCCAAGUUAUGUGUGGACACAAAUGGUGACAAAGUGGGUUCGGUACUUCGUCAGACAACUUGCAACAUACAAACUGACAAUCAGCGUUUCGAAUGUGAUCUGGAAGUGAGAACGAUAAAACGAAGACGAACUGAUCUGUGUUGGAUGACAGGUAGGAUCUUGUUCUGUUUAGUUUUGUUUUGUUUUGGUUUUGAUUUGUGGACACACUCAGAGGGCUAAUUUUGGGCUGAAAAGGGCUAUCCAGUAUGAAUCAUGUUAGAUUAGCUCAUGUCCGUCUUAUUAUCUAUGAUGUUUUUUGCCAAUCGAUCAAAAAUGUCCUUUGCCCUGUAUGAAUUUAUAUUACUUGCUAUAGGCGAGACAUCAAUCUACGGUCCAGGUUCUCUUGUUCAGUCAUCGUCUUAUAAAUGUAUCCACCCAAACAGUGGAGAAAAGAAUGUUCCUGAAGGCACCAGACUUGUCAUGUAUUCCACUUGCAGUGAAUCAAAGUAGGUUGAUGAUGAUGGUGGUGGUGAUGAUGAUGGUGGUGUUGAUGGUGGUGAUGAUGGUGGUGGUCAUGGUGCUGGUCAUGAUAUUCAUGGUGCUGGUAGUGAUGACGGUGGUGUCUGAUGAUGGUGGUGGUUAUGAUGGUGCUACUGGUGAUGAUGAUGUGGUGUUGAUGAUGGUAGUGAUGAUAGUGAUGAUGGUAGUGAUGAUGAUGGUGGUGAUGAUGGUGGUGAUAGUGAUGAUGGUGGUGGUAAUGAUGAUGGUGGUGGUGAUAGUGAUGAUGGUGGUGGUGAUGGUGGUGAUAAUGGUGUUGAUUAUGAUGGUAGUUAUGAAGAGCGUGAUGGAAAUAAUAAUGAUGGUUGUUUGAGUGAUUGUCAAGUACCUGAGGUUAUAUUAAUUGUACCAAGUAAUUCACCUGUAUUUAACCAUAUUGUUCUAAAACAAACCUAUCAUUUUUUGUGUAGAAUUGAAUUCGGGCUAGACGAUGGUUAUCUGUUGCAUACGUCUGGUAAAUGCGUGAAGCCAGUGAGUGGUAGAAUAACAGAUGGUGUAGAGUUGGGUCUCUAUGACAACUGCAAUGGACAUAAGUUUGGUUUCACUAAAGGUGGCUCUCUCAAACAUCUUGGCAGUGGAAAAUGUAUCCAGCCACGUGAUGAGGUGUGUCAUUUGUUAGUUUGAGAGUACAGUAUUUAGAGUAUUUAGUGCAUGUGUUACCUGAACCUCUAGGAAGAACAGUUUAGAACUGAUACAGUUAUCCAGUACAAAUAAAGUUAGAUUAGUUUAGGUUUCUUCCUGUAGUAACACUGUUUAAAUUAAAUUAAAUUAAAUUAAAUUAUAUUAAAUUAAAUUACUGGACCAAUAAGAGAUGAUCCUUACUGGACCUCUAGGAAGAAUUGCAGUUUAGAACUGAGAGAGCUAUCCAGUAUAAAUAAAGUUAGUUUAGUUUAGGUUUCCUCCCGUCGUAACACUGGAGUAAUGGAUUGGUGUUAAUGAGCAAUGACACAGAACCUUUGCAUAACCAUAAAACUGUGGUAACUCUAUCUUUUCACGAUUCUACGUGUCAAGGAUGAUUCUUACUGGACCUCUAGGAAGAUAUAAGAGAUGAUUCUUACAUGAACCCCUAGGAAGAACAGUUUAGAACUGAUAGAGAUAUCAACAAAACUAGUUUAUAUUACACGUUCUUCAGAAGGGUUUUAUCCAUAGCAUUUAUUUUUUCAAGGCGGACGUUCCAUCUGACGGCAGUCGCUUGGUCUUACGUGGCAAGUGUGAGAAUAACGAAGCGAACAACAGAGAACGAUACAUCUUUACCUGGUUGCCAAGUAAGAGACUGCCAUUCGCACCUUCCUCGCGGUUUUCAACUGAUAAAGAUAUGAUAUGAGCUAUAAUAGAUUUGGUUUAUAAAACCUGGUUUACACUAUCAAAGUUUCUGUGAUCACAGUAGGAAUUUUGCAUCGGUAAAUUUUAAGUUUGAAGAAUUUGUAAGAAGUGUUUGAGGGAGCUACUCAGUGUUGAACAAAAUUCCUACACUGUAAUCACAGAAACUCUAGAUUGUAUUAUACUAACAUAUACCUUUUCAUAUUUCUUGUUAGUCGACAAUCACAUCGAACUUCAACAGUGUACAUAUUUCGAGCAAGCUCGUCUAGAUCAAAGAUUUGAAGUUUGGGAUGAAUCGUUAGCAACCGUCUGUUCAAAAUUCAGCAAGAGUAAGUAGACUAAAUAAGAAGUAAAGUAUGUGCAGCAGGCUUGUAGCAAGCUUGUCAUCUAGCUAGUUGUAACAAUGCUGUUAUUUUAUCAAGUUGCUACAAGGUUGUUACUCACAAAUUGUUGAAUUGCAGGACGAUAACAAGUUGUUGAAACAACUUGUAACAAGUCUGUUGAGCUCAAGUAUAUCAAUACGGUCGUUGUUAGAGUAACAACGGUAUUGUAGUUUAAUCUGUGAUAUCGUGUUUAUAUACACUGGAUCAAUACGUUAUAUAUGCUAACUAGUUUAUCAUUUCUUCAAAGAAAUAUUUGAUAUAUUUGUUUUCUAUGAUCUUAGACUUGGCUGAACAGAGGCCAACAAAGCAAUCUAGCACAGCUCACAAUGGUUUCUCAAGCAGAGCUGUAGAUGGCAAGUUCAGUACGGCGUAUUCAUUGAAGAGUUGUACUCACACGAAUGAUGAAACAGAUCCUUGGUGGCAGGUGGACCUGUUACAAGAAUAUGUUAUCACUGGUAAGUGAAGGAGGUGUUUAUUAUCUGGGACUUCUGAGAUGGCAUGAUGAUGGCUGUUGGUGAUGAUGGUGGUUGUGAGAUGGCAUGUUGGUGAUGAUGGUGAUGUUGGUGAUGGUCAUGAUUUUGCUGGUCAUGAUGUUGCUGGUGAUGAUUUUGCAGGUGAUGAUGUUGCUCGUGAUGGUGAUGAUGGUGAUGAUGAGGAUGGUGAUGGUGAUGAUGAUGAUGAUGGUGAUGAUGAUGUUGUUGAUGGUGGUAGUGGUGGUGAUGUGGUGGUGGAGGUGAUGAUCAUGGUGGUAGUGAUUAUGGUGAAAGUGAUGGUGGUGUGAUGAUGAUGUUGGUGAUGAUGAUGGUGGUUGUGAUGAUGGUGGUGGUAGUGAUGGUGGUGAUGUUUUUGAAAUUGAUGUUGCUGUGAUGGUGAUGAUGAUGGUGAUGUUGGUGUUGUGGUUACAUUGAUGAUUCUGAUGCAUAAACCGCGUCAAAAGGAUUGAUGACGAGUUCUGUUAUGCACAGACUUUCCAAUCCUUGCAUUCUGACUUCACUAAAACGCCUUUCUUUAUCUUCUUCAGAUGUAACAAUUCUAAACCGUGCCCAGUACGGCGACCGUCUGAAGAACUUCGAUGUCCGCAUUGGUAGUGACAGUAGCAACUACCAAAAUAACCCGACGUGUCACGAUCGUGUCGGCCAGGCACGUGAUAACGAAGCUGUGCGUGUUCAAUGUAAGCCUCCGUUACCAGGCCGCUAUGUCCGUGUUCAGAUGUUUGGUAGAGGUAUGCUCACUAUGUGUGAGGUGCUGGUUUAUUCAAGAUUAGGUGAGUUUUUUAGAUGUUUUGAAAAUUUGACAGCAAUUCAAUCUCAGUCGCACGUGGUGAGAGUGCUUUCAGAAUACAGUCAACAGUUUAGAACUGAUAGAGCUGUCCAGUAUAAAUAAAGUUGGUUUAGUUUAGGUUUUCCUUUUGUAGUAUUACUGAAUCAAUAAGUGAUGAUCCUUACUGGACCUCUAGGAAGAACAGUUUAGAACUGAUAUAGCUAUCCAGUGUAAAUAAAGUUAGUUUAGUUUAGGUUUCUUCUUAUGGUAACACUGGAUUAACAAAAGGAUGGUCAUUACUAUAUUGUACCUCCAGAGGGAGCAGUUUAGAACUGGUAAUGCUAUCCUAUAUAAAAAAGUUCUUAGUUAAUAAAUAUGGUAUGGUCUUAUUUUCAGGUGGCUACAGUGAUCAAUGUUUACUUAACAAUGGCGGCUGUGAUCAAAUAUGUUACAACAGCUGUGGAAGAAAGGUUCAAUGUGCUUGUGGAAUUGGAUAUAAACUGGCUUAUGACAAAAAGACUUGUAUUGGUAAGGAACAUUUGCCAAGAACUGAUAGAGCUAUCCAGUAUCAAUAAUAUUAGUUUAGUUUAGGUUUCCACCUCUGGUAACACUGGAUCGAUCAGAGAUGAUACUUGCUGGAUCUCUAGGAAAAACAGUUUAGAACUGAUAGAGCUAUCCGGUAUAAAUAAAGUUAGUUUAGUUUAGGUUUCCUCCUGUAGUAACACCGGGUCAAUACGAGAUGAUCCUUACUGGACCUCUAGGAAGAACAGUUUAGAACUGAUAGAGAUAUCAAGGACAAAUAAAGUAACAAUACGCUAUAUAAAUUUCUAUAGAUGUGAACGAGUGUCUCAUCAACAAUGGUGGAUGUCAACAAACUUGUAUUAAUAUCCCUGGGGAAAGAUUGUGUGACUGUAAAUCUGGCUUCUCUUUGAAGGAAAACUCCGAGACCGAAUGCGAAGGUAAAUGUGAUGUACGAUACAUUUGAAUGUAUUUAUUACAUUCUUUGUUAAUAACAAUAUAUUAAAAGUAAUAUUAUGAAAAAUAUCAAUUUUCAGACUACAAUGAAUGCGGUCUCAACAAUGCUGGAUGCGAACAAGUCUGCAAGAACACUGUUGGUAGUUAUAACUGUGACUGCCGCAAAGGAUUCGAGCUUCACACAAACAAAGCUGGUUGCAAAGGUGCGUACGCCAAAAAAUUUCUCCGAGGACUCUGGUUUCCUCCUGUAGUAGCAAUGGAGUAAUAUCGAAUGGUUCUUACUGAAUCUCUAGAGAGGUUUUCUAGCAGGUUUUCGUUAAAGUGCGACAAACCACAAAUUGGUAUGUGUAAUAUUUGGGUAAUUCGAAGAAGAAAUGUAAUAUAUCUUUAUAGUAAAAAAUCCCAUCUUGAUCAACUUUUUCACUGUCAAAGUUUGCGGAUAUGAUGUCAUUAGGUGAAUAUGAUGUCAUUUUCCUUUGUUUUUUGUACCAAAAAUUCACCUAAUAACAUCAUAUCUGGAUCAAGAUGAGGUUUUUUACUAUAAAGAUAGAUGACAUUUCUUCUUAGAAUAAACCAAAUAUUACACACACAAAAAUCAUAUUUGGGGUUAGUCGCACUUUAAUGAAAAAACUGCUGUGCUUGUGGGACUUGGAGCUGGUUGACAUGCCAUCAAAUAAAACCGACUUGGUCAUGAUAUACUACGUUUCAUUAGUAACCAGGAUUCUUGUGUUUUAGACAUCAACGAAUGUCAGACAGACAACGGUGACUGUCAACACCAGUGUCAUAACUAUGCCGGAGGAUAUUGGUGUAGUUGUAGAAAUGGUUAUAAACUCAAGGCUGAUCUGCAUGGAUGUGAAGGUAAAGUACCAUAUUGAAAUAAAUUUAUCUUAACUAUUACCACCAUUGAGGUUACCACCAACAUCACUACGGCCAUCACCAUCGUGAUUACUACCAUCAUCAUCAUCACCAUCAUCACUACCCAUCACCAGCGUGUUUAAAUAAAGUUUAUCUAUCUAUCAUCACCACCAUCAUCACCAUCACCAUCAUCACCUCCACCACCAUCAUUUUACAACUAGUACCAUCACCACCAACAUCACCACCACCAUCAUGACCACCACCAUCAUCACCACCACCAACAUCACCAUCAUCACCACUACCAUCAUCACCAUCAUCAUCACCACCACCACCAUCAUCAUCACAACCACCACCACUACUGUUAUCACCACCAUCACUCCCUAGCCUAACAUCUUCCUUUUUUUUCAGAAAAACUUUGCCCAGCUUUGGUGAAACCAUUCCGUGCUACUCUUACUCCAGAAAUUUGCAACAACAACAGAGCAAAUAUACGACGCGACACUGCAUGUUCAUACUCGUGUCAAAUCGGCUACCAGUUGACCGGUGGUCAAACGCAAAGAACUUGUCAAAUUGAUGGUACAUUCUCUGGACGAUCACCGUACUGCAAACGUAAGUUUUUAAAAUGAAGAUCAACUCCGAGGACUGGGAGCGAUGGCUUUUACCGGACCCCUAUCGCGGACAGUUUAGAAUUGGGAGAGCUAUCCAGUGUAAAUAAAGUUAGGCUAGUUUUAGGUUUCCUCCUGCAGUAACACUGGAUCAAUAAGAAAUGAUCCUUACUGGACCUCAGGACCUCUAGGAAGAACAGUUUAGAACUGAUAGAGCUAUCCAGCAUAAAUAAAGAUAACUUAGUUUUGGUUUUCUUCUGUAGUGACACUGGAUCAAUAAGAGAUGAUCCUUACUGGACCACCAGGGAGAACAGUUUAGAACUGAUAGAGCUAUCCAGUAUAAAUAAAAUUUAGUUUAGUUUAGGUUUCCUCCUGUAGUAACAUUGGAUCAAUAAAAUAAGAUCCUUACUGGACUUCUAGGAAGAAUAGUUUAGAACUGUUAGAACUAUCCAGUAUAGAUAAAGUUUAGUUUAGUUUAGGACUUUAGGUUUCCUCCUGUAGUAACACUGGAUCAAUAAGAGAUGAUCCUUACUGGACCUCUAGGAAGAACAGUUAAGAACUUGUUGAAGCUAUCCAGUAUAAAUAAACUUACUUUAAUCCAAUAUCGUCUCGAGUUAUGCUAGGCAGAAUAAAAUCGGUUCAACAAUAGAAUAUUUAAGGUAGGCCGGGUAAAAUGGGCAAACCAGGAAACAUUUUCCAGAAAUAUUUAUAUAAACUAAGCUUCCUUUCUCUUCUUAUAUAGCAUUAUACUGCCCCAAGGUUCAAGCACCAGCAAACGGCGGGGUCUUGCCUGCAUCGUGCGCCAGCAAUCCAAGUGGCAGCGAAUUUGGUCAGCGAUGUGUCUUCUACUGUAACAGUGGCUACGAGUUGAGAGGGCCUAGGUACAAGAGUUGUCAAGCUGACCAAUCAUGGAGCGAAGCUAUGGAAUCCACUUGUGAGAGAGGUAGGAGUUAGCCCUUGUGUUUACACUAUGGUCAUGCUGGGGUGGUGACAUAGUGGUGUAUAUGCCUUUAUCUUCUGUUCCAAUAUUGUACAGUUGUCUGAUUUAUAAUUUAGCCUCAGUCGUAUGUACAAAGAGUGCUUACAGCUUGACUGUAUCAAACACCGGAGGAUUUCUCCGGGUACUCCUGACUUAUGAAGUGAUGACUUCUGUUGGAUCUCUAGGGAAACGGACGAGAACUUAUACAGCUAUAUAUGCAAUGUAGUUCAGGUUUCCUCUUGCAGUAGCACUGGAUCAAUAAGAGAUAAUCCUUACUGGACCUCUAGAGAGAAAAGUUUAAAAGUGAUAGAGCUAUCCAGUAUAAAUAAAGUUAGUUUAGUUUAGGUUUCCUCCUGUAGUAACACUGGAACAAUAAGAGAUGAUCCUUACUGGACCUCUAGAGAGAAAAGUUUAGAACUGAUAGAGCUAUCCAGUAUAAAUAAAGUUAGUUUAGUUUAGGUUUCCUCCUGUAGUAACACUGGAACAAUAAGAGAUGAUCCUUACUGGACCUCUAGAGAGAAAAGUUUAGAACUGAAAGAGCUAUCCAGUAUAAAUAAAGUUAGUUUAGUUUAGGUUUCCUCCUGUAGUAACACUGGAACAAUAAGAGAUGAUCCUUACUGGACCUCUAGAGAGAAAAGUUUAGAACUGAUAGAGCUAUCCAGUAUAAAUAAAGUUAGUUUAGUUUAGGUUUCCUCCUGUAGUAACACUGGAUCAAUAAAAGAUGAUCCUUACUGGACCUCUAGAGAGAAAAGUUUAAAAGUGAUAGAGCUAUCCAGUAUAAAUAAAGUUAGUUUAGUUUAGGUUUCCUCCUGUAGUAACACUGGAACAAUAAGAGAUAUCCUUACUGGACCUCUAGAGAGAAAAGUUUAGAACUGAUAGAGCUAUCCAGUAUAAAUAAAGUUCGUUUAGUUUAGGUUUCCUCCUGUAGUAACACUGGAACAAUAAAAGAUGAUUCUUACUGGAUCUAUAAGUUCCCUUUUGUAUUAGUGCUGGAUCAAUAACUCCAAUGUUGUCAUAUUUCAGUAUACAAGAAUCCUUGGAUUGUGUGCCCACCGUAUGUCGAGAUAGAAUUGCCGGCUGACAAGAGCAAGAUUGCCUUGGGCGAACAAUGGAGAUUACCCAACUCUAAUAUGGAGAAAUUGGUCGUACAUCCUAGCUAUUUGAGCAACUCAUACGAGUUCCGUGCUGGCAAAACCUUGGUUACUUGGACGGCCAGUAAUUUAGAGGGUUCGGUGAAGUCUUGUAAUUACCAAGUUUUUGUUAAAGGUGAGUUGGGGGAGGGGGUUUGGGGAAGUGGAGGGUAUCGUGGUGUUAUAUGUAUUGCAUUGCAUUGCAUUGUAUUGUAUUGUAUUGUAUUGUGAGGUAUGGUAUUGUAUGGUAUGGUAUGGUAUAUGGUAUAUGGUAUAUGGUAUAUAGUAUAUAGCAUAUGGUAUGGUAUAUGGUAUAUGGUAUAUGGUAUAUAGUAUAUGGUAUGGUAUAUGGUAUGGUAUAUGGUAUGGUAUAUGGUGUAUGGUAUAUAGUAUAUGGUAUGGUAUAUGGUAUGGUAUAUGGUAUGGUAUAUAGUAUGGUAUGGUAUAUGGUAUGGUGUGGUAACUAUCGUCUUAUAUAUUUCAUUAUCUAGACACAACUCCGCCAAUGAUAUCCAACUGUCCAGCAGACAUAACACAAACCACAGACUUUGGGCUGCUGCCUAUUACAUGGACUGAGCCGACUUUCAGUGAUAAUGUUGGUAUUACUAACAAACUACAAACUAAAACUUCAGGAUCGCAAUUCAAGCGAGGCACGACAACCAAAGUGCACUAUUUUGUUUUCGACGCAGCUGGAAAUUCCGCCAACUGCUCAUUCACUGUGACGAUCAAAUGUGAGUUGCGUUCAGUGUAUUUUAUAUUUAUAGUCGAGCAUCUCUUUAGAGAUCAAUCAUAAUUAUCAACGUUUUCACAAGCAUUUUCAUUGUGUGAUUUGACCAGGUUUUAGUAGGGUCAGGUUGAGAUAGCUAGCUACAUUUUCUGCACAUGAUAUUUGGAGUUGAUCUGUGACUCUAUAAUUCUUAAUUCAACAAACUUUUGAAGCGCAUAUUUUGAAUAAGGAGGUAGCAUUGCUCCAUGGCUCCCUAACGUCUGCAGCCAUUGGUCAUAUAUAGAAAUAAAGUUCAAAUUUUUCUUGUUACCAUUUAGCACGAACAUGUGUUCCCAUGGCACCACCGAAGAACGGACGACUUAGUGGAAACUCACGUUAUGUACGGCUUGUAUGUAAUCCAGGAUACAGCUUUGAACCAACCCUGCCUUAUCCUGGCACGUUCAUCUGUCGUGAAGGCAACUUUAAGAUGUAUUUGAACAGGGAAUGGACUAUAUUCACCAGGGCACCUGAUUGUGUAGGUAAGGUAAAUGGUAGAAAUAGACUACCCAUCCAGUAUAAUAAAGUUAGUUCAGUCUAGUGUCCUCCCGUACAGUAACAGCACAGAGGAGAGACUAUAGGUAUAACAAUGACCUCUGGGAAGAACAGUUUAGAGCUGAUAGAGCUAUCCAGUAUAAAUAAAGUCAGUUUAGUUUAGGUUUCCUCCUGUAGUAAUACUGGAUCAAUAAGAGAUGAUCCUUACUGGACAUCCAACAGUUCAGAAAUGAUAGAGCUAUCCAGUAUAAAAUUAGAUCAAUAAUAGUUGAUCCGUACUGGACCUCUAGGAAGAACAGUUUAGAACUGAUAGAGCUAUCCAGUAUAAAUAAAGUCAGUCUAGUUUAGGUUUCCUCCUGUAGUAACACUGGAUCAAUAAGAGAUGAUCCUUACUGGACAUCCAACAGUUUAGAAAUCAUAGAGCUAUCCAGUAUAAAAUUAGAUUAAUAAUAGUUGAUCCGUACUGGACCUCUGGGAAGAACAGUUUAGAACUGAUAGAGUUAUCCAGUAUAAAUAAAGUUAGUUGGAGUUUUCCAUCUGUAGUAACACUGAACCAAUAAUAAGGAAUGCUCAUCUAAGAUAAUAAUUAUAUUUUUUUUUUACUAGCAACUAAACCUGUCAACCCUGAUAAUAGUUGUGAUCUGGGAUACAUUUUUGUGAAGUCAAAGAACAGAUGCUGUAAGAUAUUUCUUGUAAUCAUUUCAUUCCAUUACGUGCAUUUCAUGCCAUAUCGAAAUAUCUUCAUUGUUCAUCCCAAAGGCAUAACGUUAUACAAAAAGGGCAGAUUUUCGAAUUGUGCUAGGCCUUCUUGCUUCCCUUCUUUGGCCAGCCCGCCUAGUGUCGUGGAAUCGAAAAAGACAGGAGCUAUGCGACAUACCAAUGAAUACAAAAUCAUAACGAAACACGAAAUAAUUUUCCGUUUUUAAUUCAUUGUUAUAUUGUGUUUAAUUUCUAGACCCGUGUGAAACAGGUCUCUACCACAGCAUUGCAGAUAAGCAAUGCAAACGAUGUCCACUCAACUCGUACAAUGAUCAACAAGGCGUUGUCAGUUGUCAAGCUUGUCCCAAAGGCAGUGUCACUCUUAACACUGGAUCAAUACAGAAAUCUGAUUGCAUUGGUAAGGAGAGCAUAUUUUGUUAUGUGUUGCUAGGUAGCGUGUCUGUAAGGCAUACCUUUUAGCCUCAAACUGUCUACUGCUGUUCAGACACCAGUGAUUAUAUUCCUUUUUUCUUAUUUCAGUACAAUGUAAACCCGGUUCAUUCUCAUCAAAUGGUCUAAAUGAUACAACAUCGCCCUGUGAACCAUGUCCUAUUGGUACAUAUCAACACAAGACAGCCUCGACUUUGUGCAUGCCUUGUCCUCAAGGAAUGACUACUGCAUCGACAGGCAGUCCAGCCCUGCGGGAUUGUGCAGGUAUGAGAUUUGAUGUAUUUGACUGGGACGUCGGUGACGGUCCUUACUGGACCUCUAGAAAGAACAGUUUAGACCAGUAUAAAUAAUCUUAGUUUGUUUAGGUUUCGUCCUGUAAUAACACUGGAUCAACAAGGGAUGAUCCUUACUGGACGUCUAGGAAGAACUGAUAUAGAGCUAUCCAGUAUAAAUAAUGUCAGUUAGUCUUUGGUUUCCUCCUGUGGUAAUACUGGAUCAAUAAGAGAUGAUUCUUACUGGACCUGUAGGGAGAACAGUCCGGAACUGAUAGAGCUAUCCAGUGAUAAAUAAAGUUAGUCUAGUUUAGGUUUCCUCCUGUAGUAACAGUGGAUCAAUAAAAGAUGAUUCUUACUGGACCUGUAGGGAGAACAGUCCGGAACUGAUAGAGCUAUCGUUAGUCUAGUUUAGGUUUCCUUCCCUAAUGUCGCUGGACCAGUAAGGGAUACCUCAUAGAAAGAAUUAAUACAGCUAUUCUUUAUCUUCUAUCUAUUCAGCUCCUGCCAAGAUCUCCGAGACGGUUCCAAGUUCGAGUUUGACAGCUUACGUUGGAGAAGAAUUGACACUGGAAUGUUUCGUUGACGGAGACCCGUCUCCAACAGUCACUGUUGACCGUUUGGGCAAUCCUCUGGGUAGGUAGUUGGGCUUCUUGGAUUCAAGGGUUUCAAAAAUAUUCUACUUUUAAGUGUUCGAUUCUUCUCAAUUUAACUGGCAAUAUUUCAACUACGGUAGCCAACAUCAACGACAGGUUAAAUACACAUACACAUAUCAUAACAUAAUAUAUAAGCUACACCAUAUAUAUGCUCAUGAGCAAACUGGAUUUUGGUAUGUAUAUAUGAGCAUACUAGAUUUUGGUAUAUAUACAGUAUAUGACCAUGCUAUUCUGGUAUAUAGAUGAGUGCGCUGGUGCGAUUUUUAUUACUGUAUUUGUGUGUACAAUGGCCAAUUUACAGUUACAAUUUUGUAAAGUCGCUUUUCACAUCGUUUAGACUGUCUAGAUUCUCUGGCUACUCCAAAAAUGGCGGGUAUAGGCCCAUGUAAGAAAGGCUAAUUAUGUUCGGCGUCUGAAUUGGGUCUCACUCAGCUGAGUUUGUUCACAUGAACUGGCUCUAAUAUUUUCUCACAUUUCUUUAGCUUCAGGAAGCCGUGUAUUCCGUACGCCACUGCUCGCUCUGGACGGGAAAUUGAUCGGAAUGGAGGUUUACAUCAAAGUGGUUCAGAUCUCAGACGCAGGAACAUACUAUUGUUCUACACAGAAUGCAAGUGGUAGAGAUUACAGACAGUUCCGUGUUGAUGUCAAAGCAAAAACAAAACGAAGAAGUGUCGAUGAUUUAUAA